GGCCCACAAAGGCCGGGUCCUGCAACAAGUGAGCAAACAUAAGAACAACCUCUCAUGUUCUAACGCAGUAGGAGAAAAAGACGAGCGAGUGCCACCCAGCCAAAUCGAAUGACGAUGCAGGAGCGUUGCUGAUCGAAGCGGAGCUCCAUCAGAAGCGAUUGAUCAGAAAAGUAAUGGUGAAGAUGAAACGACAGUUGACAGGGAUCCAAAAUGGCGACCUUCCACCCGAGAUCAUGCAUGAGAUUCUUUCAAGGCUACCAGUGAAGCCCUUGUGCCGCUUUAAGUGUGUAUCAAAGCCAUGGCGGUCCCUAAUCUCCCAUCCUGAUUUCGUUGCAAAGUAUUCCAAAGUCAUUGAGAAUAAGGAUGUAUUCUUCCAAAGACGGCGCCUCCUGUUUACUUUUGUUCGCCAGGAACAUCAUUGGCUUUACUCUUUGGAUCUUGACCAGUUUCUCAAUGAGAAUCAUAAUGUUGAUGUUGGUGGUUUAGUAGCAACACCCGCUGAGCUCGACUUUGUUUACAAACCUCUUCCAAGAGGUGGACGUGAUUGGAUUCCCUUUGUCCAUUAUUCCUCCUAUGGCUUGUUCUUGUCCCGGAUAUGUUGUGGCGACUUCAGUUUCAGUUUGAUAAACCCUGUAACCAAGGAAUCAAAGAAACUACCAAAGACACCAAUAUGGAGACUACCAAUGAAGCCCUUAUUUCGUGGCGUGAGCUUAAAUGGGCUUGGAUUUGAUUACUCCACCAAUGUAUACAAGGUGGUUAACGGGCAGCAUUAUGAUGAUGGAACUGUGUUUAGUGUCUAUUCAUUGCAGACUGAUUCUUGGCGACAGAUUGACUACUUAUUUCCCUACAAAGCUUUAGAUUUUGAUGGGAUCGUGGUGAAUGGUGCUGUUCAUUGGUUGGUUAGGAAGGUUGCAGAUCGAUCAUUAGUGAUUAUAUCUUUCCUUUUAGCAGAGGAGGAGGUUAGAGAAAUUCCACUACCGCCCAUUCCCGGUACUUGUUCAAGUCAACUAGGAGUAUUCAGAAAUUGGCUAUGUAUAACAUUAGCAUUACCUCGGGCUGAAAUAGCACGUACAAAUAAUGAGUUUUGGGUCAUGAAGGAAUAUGGAGUGACGGAGUCUUGGACAAAAAUGCAGGUCUCCAAACCAUAUAAGGAAUUAUCACAUUCCAGUUUCUGGACAGAAUCUCAUGAUCUGAUGCUGUUUGAUAAGUCAUUAGUAAUGUACAAUUUUAAUGAUGGAACAUUUUGGAAUCUAUCAAUUAGUGAUCUUAGCGAAAAUGGUCAUUUUGGUAGCAUCGGUAUCUAUGUGGAGAGCCUACCUUCACUCACCGAUCAAGAACAGCAUAAGAGGAGUAAAGAAGAUAAAUCCACUCAGUGACAUCCUUGAAUAUUUAUUCCUUUCUUUUAGCAUAACCUCUGCGAUUGUUAUGCGAGGAGGCUCUUGUAUGUACAAGUCCAGUGCUGGAAUUGUAUUAUUUAACUAUUAUUCAAGUCUUUCACAUAUGACUUGAACUUCUUAUGUGCCUUUGUAACAUCAGUAUUCCUCUCUAUUUAAAACAAAUCUUCAUGGA